AAAUAAUACUAUAAAGUAAUACUAAAUUAAAAAAUGUCGAAUGUUAAUAAUAGUACCGAUUUAGAUAUUGAAGAAAAGAUAAAUUCUUUAGUAGAGGCAUUCAGUCACAGCAGAGAGGUUAUUUUAGAAAUUUUAAAAAAGAAUAAUUAUGCUAUUGACCAAACAGCAUUGGAUUUGUCAGAAAUCCCAUUACCACCACCAACCAAACCAACAGUUGUAAAUACUCAUCAAAUUCAACCACCACAACAACCACAACAACCACCACAACAACCACAAUAUCCUGGACAACAGCCACCACCAUAUCCAGGAACAAGACCAAUCCAACCACCAAUUGAAAGCGAUGAAAGAAAUAUUUUAAUGAAAGAUUUAGCAAGCAUCAUUGGUAACCAACCAUUAGACCAAUCGACCAUUUUUAACAUUUACCAAGCCAGUAACAAAUCCAUUGAUCGUACAAUUGAACACAUCAAAGAGAUGACAAUUGAUCCAGAACAAGAACAAGAAAAGAAAGCACUUCAACAAUAUGAGCAAUUAAAGAAAAAGAAGUUAGAAGAAGAAGCUUUAAAAAAAAUCGAAAAUGAAAAGCGUCUUGCUAGUGAAUAUGAAAGAAAGAGACUAUUGGUUGAGGCACAGAAGAAAGCACAAGAACUUGCAAUGAGAAAGAAAUUGGAAGAAGAAUCAAAGAUAAGAGAGGCAGUAGUGCAACAAGAAGAUUUAAGAAGACAAGAGAUCAUUGCUAAAGAAAAUUAUUUAAGAAAAGAGAUCGAAAUAAAAGAAUUAGAACAACAAAAAGCUUUAAGACAAGAAAUUGCCAAACAAGAAGCUUUGAAACAUGAACUAUCCAAGCAAGAGCUAUUAAGACAAGAGUUGGUUAAACAAGAAUCAUUAAGAAAAGAGUUGGUUAAACAAGAACAAUUAAGACAAGAACUAGCUAGAAAACAACAAGAGCAAGAGAUCUUACUUGAACAACAAAAGAAACAAAUUCUCAGUGAAUUAGAAAAGAAAUCAAUUGAAAAUCAAAUGUUUAUAGAACAUACCGAAAUCCUCAAACAAAAAGAGCUUGAAAGCUUACAUUUAAUUGAAAAUCAAAAGAAGGAAAUCCUUGAAAGUCAAAAACUAAUUGAACUCUUUAAACAAAAAGAAUUGGAGUCACAAAAUCAAAAUAAAGAAUUAAUGGACAAUCAUGCAAGAGAAAUUGAAAAUCUCAAAAAGAAAUUGGCCGAAGAGGAAAGCAAACACAAUCAAAAUCUUGAAAAGAAAUCAAUUGAAGAAAUUCAAAAGAUAGAAAUUGAAACUGCCCUCAAGAAUCAAAUUUUAGAUUUAGAACAUCAAAUUACAGAACUCGAAAAAGUUCAAAGACCAAGAAUCGUUCAAUUAGAAGAAGAGUUAAAAAAGAAACAUUCAGAAAUUCACACUAUCAUUGUUUCAAAUCAAGUUCUUUUAGUUGCCGGUAUUGAAGAAAACUCACCCGAUUGCAUCUCUGUAAAUUGGAAUUUAGAAAAUAAAUAUGAAGAAAAUUCUGUUUAUUGGAUUGGUAUUUUCCCAACACAUCAACCAAAACAUGAUCGUUAUCAAUCUUUCAGACACAUCACUGGCAAAGAAGGUUUAGUCUCAUUCCCAAAUAUUAUUCCGGGUCAUUAUGAAGCCCGUAUUUUUAAAGACAAAUACACCCUUAUUCACACUUCACAAUCAGUUCAAAUUGGUCCAACUGUUCAUAUUAAAGCCCAUGUUCUUGGCGACCAAAUCGACAUCACAUAUUCAGUAGGUGGUGGUCUUGAAGGAAUAAAUUCAAGGGAUUGGAUUGGUAUUUACAGUUUAGGUUUUAGAAAUAAAAAAUAUAUUGAUUCAGUUUAUGCCAGCGCCAAUGGCGCAUCAACUUUUAAAUCCCCAAGAAUUCCAGGUGCCUAUGAAAUUCGUUAUUUCUUAUACCCAACCAAAUACAACGAGCAAGCCAUUCUUUCUUUCACUAUUGAGGAUAAUGAUAGUAUUCAAAUCACUCAAGAUACUCAAGCUCCAUGCAAUGGCAAUCUUGUUUUCUCACCAGAUCAAGAAUUCAAAGUUGACUAUGUUGUAAACACUGUUCCACCAUCAUCAUCUGAUUGGGUUGGUAUAUUCUCAGUUGGCGAAACACAAAAUAAAAACUAUAUCAACUCCAAAUAUACAAAUGGUACUGGUUCUGGUGAAUUAUCUUUCAGGGCUCCUCUCAUAAAUGGUGAAUAUGAAGCCAGAUUCUUUUCUUACUCAAAAGGAAAAUAUAUAACCCACAAAACUUCAAAUAAAUUUAUUGUUAAUUUAUAAAUUGGUUACAAUAAAUUUAUUUUCCCCCAUUUUUUCCAAAUAUUUUUCAAAUAAACCCUAAAUAAACCAAAAAAAAAAAGUUC